AUGGAUAUACACGAGCCACCAAGGGACGAGCCGACAGGCGAAACAAAAGAGGAUUUGGCUCUUAAGCCUUCGCAGAGCUUGAAAUAUGAUGUGGUGUUUGGGGAAAUCACAGAAGAAGGGCCUAACUACCGCAAUGUUGGUUUUGUGGGAACUGUCAUUCUGAUGAUGAAAUACCAGAUUGGCUUGGGCAUUCUCUCCAUUCCCUCAGCCUUCAAUGCCCUGGGGAUUGUUCCCGGUACCAUUUGCCUGGUUGCCAUUGGUGCUAUCACAACGUGGUCCGAAUACGUGAUUGGUACCUUCAAGCUCAACCAUCGCGAGGUAUAUGGCAUUGACGAUGCUGGAGCUUUGAUGUUUGGUCCAGUCGGCCGUUGGGUACUGUCGGCUGUAUUCUGUCUAUGCCGUAUCACUGAUUGCACAGACUAUGUCUUCGUUAGUGCCUCUGGUAUACUGGGGAUCUCGAUUGGUUUGAACGCAGUCUCGACCCAUGGCGUAUGUACAGCAGGCUUUGCCGCCAUUGCUGCCAUCCUUGGGUUUGCUACCAGUAGUGUGCGAACACUCGGUCGUAUCACCUGGCUUGCAUGGGUGGGUUUACCGUGCAUUCUGGUUGCGGUCUUGACUGUCACGAUUGCCGUCGCUAUUGAAGACCGGCCUGCCUCCGGACCGCAGACUCAGACACCCUGGGUCUCCGAUUUCAAGAUAUUUGGCAACCCAUCUUUCGUUGAGGGUAUCACGGCAAUAUCAAACCUCACCUUUGCUUUCUCGGGCACGCCUGGAUUUUUCUCUAUCGUGUCUGAGAUGCGCAAUCCUCGUCGGUACACGUCAGCCCUGCUUAUCUGCCAGGCUGGUGUAGCCACCAUCUAUACCGUUGUAGCCUGUGUCAUAUACUAUUACUGCGGCUCUUAUGUCGGUUCGCCAGCGUUGGGCUCCGCCGGGGGGAUUGUGAAGAAGAUUUCUUAUGGGAUUGCCUUGCCGGGCUUGGUUGUCACGACAACAAUUGUCAUACAUGUAAGGACGACUGAAACAGAGCAGAACAAACCACAUCCUAACCCAAAUCAACGUCGCACGCAGAUACCGGCCAAGUUCAUAUUUAUCCAGCUCCUCCGUGGUUCUCGACAUCUCAAUAGCAAUACCCCAACUCACUGGAUAUACUGGCUCGGCUGUACCCUCGGUAUUACCGUGGUCGCGUACAUUAUCGCCAGUACUAUUCCAGCCUUUGAUGCACUAGUCUCUCUCAUUGGCGCCUUGCUUGGAACAAUUCUCUGUUUCCAACCAUAUGGCUGUAUGUGGCUAUAUGACAACUGGGCUACAGGCAGAGACCGAUCAAGACUUUGGCUGCCCAUGGUUUGUUUUAGUGUCUUUAUGAUAGUCUUUGGAUGCUUCUUGACGGGUUCAGGCACUUAUGGGACUGUUGUCGGGAUUAUCACCUCCUACGCUGAAUCCGGUGGAUCAGCGGCUUUCUCCUGUGCGGAUAACUCCAAUUCCACUUGA